CGAACAUCAACAACCCAUCCUCCCCACCCACCACCACCACCGCUUCGUCUCGAUUGUUCGUUAGUUCCUUCCUUGCUUGCCUCGCCAGCCUCUUCCCUCCUCCCUCUCCGCCCCCACGCUGCCGCCCGCCACCGUCAUCCGGGGCGGUCACCCCGCCAAUCCCCAUUCCGCUUAGCCUGCUUCGCUUUUCCAUCCCCAACAACUCACCCCGCCCCGCGUCACCCGACCCAAUCCGAUCCUAUCCCCCGCAAACCGACGGAAUCGGGCGGCGGCGCCCGCGGCAGGGAGGGCUCGCUCCGGAUCCCACCCGAGGAUCGGCCCGUGUGAUGCGCGGAUCCGGCUGACGGCGAGCCAUGCCGAGCGUCGGCGUGAAGAUCUACAGCGUCUUCUUCAAGCUCUGGCUCCGCCACCGCCUCCAGUCGCUUGCCGCCGCCGGGGGCGGCCCCGACCCCGCCGCGGCCGCCUUCGGGGUCUCCUGCCGCCCCGACGAGGCCACCGCGCCCGCCAACCCGGCCUUCUCCGCCGCCGACGGGGUCGCCUCCAAGGACCUCCACAUCGACCCCAACUCCUCGCUCUCCGUCCGCAUCUUCCUCCCCACGCCGCCGCCCCACGCGCACCUCCUCGCCCACUCGCGCCGCGCCAGCGACCCCACCCCGGCCCCCGCGUCCAACGGCGCCGCGCCGUACCGCGGGUACCUCCCGCACGCCGUCUCCUCGCCGCGCGCGCCGGCGUCGGCGCGCCGGAGGCUGCCCAUCGUCGUGCAGUUCCACGGCGGCGGGUUCGCCACCGGGAGCAGCAGCGCCACCGCCAACGACGCCUUCUGCAGGAGGGUGGCCAAGCUCUGCGACGCCAUCGUCGUGGCGGUGGGAUACAGGCUCGCACCGGAGAGCCGGUACCCUGCCGCGUUUGAGGACGGGGUCAAGGUUCUUAAGUGGAUCGCCAAGCAGGCCAAUCUGGCAAUGAUGAGCAAGGUUGGGGGUGGUGUGGACACGUUCGGUGCGUCCACUGUUGAGCCGUGGAUUGCUGCACAUGGUGAUCCAGCAAGAUGUGUUCUACUUGGUGCAAGUUGUGGUGCCAAUAUUGCAGAUUAUGUAACUCGGAAGGUGGUCGAAGGUAGCAAGCCAUUCGACCCGAUUAAGGUUGUCGCACAAGUUCUGAUGUACCCCUUCUUCAUAGGGAGUGUUCCGACUCACUCAGAAAUAAGGCUUGCUAACUCGUACUUCUAUGACAAGUCCACAUGUAUACUUGCUUGGAGAUUAUUUUUGUCAGAGAAAGAAUUCAACCUAGACCACCCUGCGGCCAAUCCUCUGGCUCCUGGCAGAGGAGGCCCCCCACUGAAGUGCAUGCCUCCGACCUUGACAGUCAUUGCUGAGCAUGACUGGAUGAGAGAUCGAGCGAUUGCUUACUCUGAGGAACUCCGCAAGGUUAAUGUCGACUCACCGGUUCUCGACUACAAGGAUACAGUUCACGAGUUUGCAACCCUGGAUGUUUUCCUAAAGACUCCACAAGCCCAGGCCUGUGCUGAGGACAUUGCCAUAUGGAUGAAGAAAUACAUAUCCCUCCGAGGGCAUGAGUUCUCGUAUUAGUUGUAGCAAAGAUCACGCAUUGUGAAAUAGACUUUUUUACGGGGAAGCAUCAAUUUGUUCUUUUUCAACUGGUGGUGAGAAGGAUGCUGGAUUAUAGUCAAGUAACCAGUUAGCUUAUUGUGAGUACCGAGUCCUUUGGUGAUUUUUGUGAAAGAAUGUAGUGUGCAAAGUUGUAGGCUGUACUCAAAACGAUGCUCUUCCCCUUGUAGAGCUCAAUUCUUUCAUUGCUUUUGUACCCUUCGUGUAUUAUGGAACUACUGGUUCUUAAAGUUACCAUUUCUUGAGAAAAGAUAUAUCAUUCUAAGUUGUCUAGUUGUGAAGCAUUCAGCUCCACACAAUGACACGCGUACUCCAAUCA